CCGACUCGCGCGAGCGAGCCAAAACUAUGGCGGCCGUAGCAGCGUCAUCGCGACUAACAGCGUCUGCGUCUUGGACCUCGGCUGCGCCGAGUUGCACCGGUAGCUCUGGGGAGGUUAGCGCCAAAACGGGCAUCUGUAGCGCGAUGCUUGCAAAUACGAGCAGCAGCGGCAGCGCAGGGCGUUCUAGCGCGACCGCACUACGCGUGACAGGCGCGCGCUCGGAGGAGCGCUUCCUUACCGUCGCGCUUCCGUGCGACGGCUGGGCGCGUGGUGGCUAUUCGCGCGCGAGACUUACCUUCGAGGCGAGAUCGACUCGAGAACCGAGUAGCAGGACAGCGAAGGCAGGGUUGGCAGAAGAGACAGAUGAUCUUUCGUUAUCGAGGCGACUCAGUAACGAGGAUGCGAUCGACGGGUUCGACGAGGGCGACGAUGAGGAUUGGCUGGAGAAAGACGCAACGGACGGCGACGAUGCGUGGCUGGAGGAGGCGGCAGGCAGAAUCGAUAAGAGCAGCACCAGUAACGCGUACGGCAGCAGCAUCAGCAGCUCGCUUUCGUCAGUGGAGGGCGGGGGAGGGUUGUCACCAGGGGGAGAGGGUGGAUCAUCUCCCGCAGGGCCGCUGGGGGGGAAGCUGGGGAACGCGGAGCGGAAGGAGCUGCGCGCGUAUGCGCACCGCAUGGGCAACCGGAUAAGCACGCACCAGAUCGGCAAGUGGGGUGUGACGUCAACCGUCAUCACGUCAUUGCAUGACGGCCUGGAGAAGCAUGAAUUGCUCAAGAUAAAGAUUUCUGACAACUGCCCGGAUGAGGCUUGGGAGGUGGGGCAGGUUCUGGAAGAGAAACUAGCAGCGCAGGUGGUGGGCCUGAUUGGCCGCACUGCGCUGCUCUAUAGGCCCAGCCUCACGAAAUUGGCUCGAGAAGAUGCCAUGGCAAAGAAGGAUAGGGAGCGUGAGGCAAGAAGGAGAAGAGGGAUGGGUGGAGGACGAGAGCGUGGUGGAGGGAGACGGGAAACAAGGGGAAUGAGGGGAGAUAGACAAGAUGAGCAAAGAGGAGCUGGGCGAGGGAUGAAUGCGGCAAAUGCGGGGGAAAGGCAACGGCAAGGAGGGUCGCGAAAACGAGGAAAGUAAUUAAACAUAUGAAAACACAGUAUAUCGUUCUACUCAUGAAGCAUUUGGUAGAAACACUUGAUGGUUGUGUGCAGGCCCCCAAAUUGGUUUUGGGGUUGUCUGAUUCAUCAGACUUUCCUCCCGUACCUUGGUAUGGCCGUCAGAGUUGCCCCUAAGAA